CUGGGAUCUGUCCCAGGCAUUGGCGAUGUCACGCAUGUGUACUUUGUUGCAUACACUGGCCACGGUAGCAGCCCAAAGGACCUUGUCAAGGUGAACACUCUGACUGUUGACAAUGCUCUAAUCGUACUGAACGACUUAUGCUCGAAGAUAGAAUUUUUCGUGUUACAAACCGGCGGAAAGGCAAACAAAACCUUCCGAUCUGAUAACCUAUUUCUAACUCGGGGCCGGAUGGCCGCCUGCGCCUUAGAAAGAGGAUCUUGCAUACCGGAACCAUACGCCUCGGAUAUCUUCUACUAUACGCAGUACGAUGUCGUAGCGAGACACGCUGCCAACAAGUCAUGGAGAUGGUCUGAGAUCUGGCCAUCGUAUCCCGUGCGAUUUAUUCCGCACCACAAUGCCAUAAACAUCGCCCAGUCCCUUGCACUUUAUCUUUCCUACUACCGCUCUGUGAAAGGCACUGGGGCCAAGUGUGUAUUCCCCGGAACUCCGGGGUCCUGGACAGCACUCCGCACCGAAUCUUCUCAGGACCUGAUUGCCCAUUUCCACAUCCACGUUUCUUUGCUCGCUGAAAAGACCAACAGACGCUCCUUUAACGUCGGAGAUGGCGAUCCAGUGUCGUGGGAGCUGACGUGGCCGGUGCUAUGCAAAUACUUUGGCCUCAACGGAGUUGGGCCCUCAGCGAAGAAUGAGGGGGAGAUCUAUGGCAUUGAAUGGUUGAUGGACCAAAGAUAUUCGUGGCCGGCCUGGAUCCAAGAGCAGGGUCUCAGGAAGAAUGCUCUGGAGGAUAUGCAGUGGGAUAUCCUCCAGACUGCCCUGAUACUCCCGAUCCGGAUUGACUUCGAACUGAGUGCAUCCAGUGAGAUUGGGUUCCGGGAGACACUGGAGCCUGGCGAAGGCUACAUGUUGGCAUUUGAUCGGAUGCGAGAGGCGGAGUUUCUCCCAUAG